AUGCAAUUUUUGUAUAAAUUCAGCCAAUUGCAUAAAAAAAUGACUUUAAAUCCUUUCCAUAUUAUUCAAGAAAUUAAUAAAAAAAAAGAUAAUCAUGAAAAUUAUUAUUUUUUAGUUGAUAAACUUUUAAUAUCAUCCAAGCAACAACCGAAUGAUAUUAAAUAUCAAAUAUAUUACAUUGUUGCCAAAGAAUUUUUUUAUUUUAAGGAACAUAAUAAAUCAGAGGAAUAUUUUUUGCUAGUAUUAAACAAUAGAGAUUUGUUUGUAGUACAUAAUUUAUUAGAGGAUACAAUAUUGCACCUACUUAUUUUAAAAACAUCUUCUACUAAAGAAGUAGCAGAAGCACUUUAUAAUAUUUUUAUAAUUAAAAAUGAAAAAUUUUUACAGAAUAUUGAGCUUGAUCUUAGAGACAUAGAUUGCGAUGUGACAUUUUUCUUUACUUUUUUAUACGAAAACAAUGAAUAUGAUUAUGCAGUUUAUUUUCUUACAAGUGAAACACUAGAAAUAUUUAUAGAUAAACUAAUGUUACAAAAAUAUUACACCAAAGAAAUCAAAGAUAAAUUAUUAUAUUUUAAUAAUAUUUAUGUAUUUUUGUACCUAUCAGUAUUUGAUAAAAAGAAUAUUAGAGAUUAUAGCUUGAAAAUUAAAUCAUUCAAAAAUAACACCUGCAAAGAUCUUUUCUAUAUGAAGCACGACAUUUCACAAGAUUUCAUAGAGAAAGUUCAAGAUGAAAAUACAAUAUUUUUUUUAUACAAAAAUAGGAAAUAUUUAAAGCUUAUAAAUUGUAUUUCUGUCUACGACAAUUUUGCUUAUAAUAUUUUAUAUUUUUCAUAUUUUAAAUUAGAAAAUCUAGUAGAAGCAGAAAAAUAUUAUAAAAAUGUAGAAAAAAUCUUAUUUUCUGUAGAUGAAAUAGAAUACUUAAUAUUUUUAGAUUGUGUUAGUUCAGUCAUUAAUAAAAUAUCUGAUUUAGAUAAUCCAACAGAUUUUAUAGCAUCAUUGGAAGUUUUAUAUAAGAGUAAAAAAUACGAAAUACUAAAAGAAUGUAUAGAAAACAAUAUCUAUAAAUUUAAAAGCAUUAGCGUUUUUAAAGUUUUAAUUUCGUAUUUACUUUUAAAUUAUUACGAAAAUAUUGAUGUGUGCAUUUACAUACAAAAUUAUAUCGAACAAAUUGAUUUUAUUUCAAUAUCAGAUAGAGAUUGGCUAUAUAAAAUUGUUUAUAAUUCUAUUAUAGAUGAUAUUAAAUAUAAAGUUAGGUACAUAGAUUUAUUGUAUCAAUUAAAAGAUAUAUGCUUAGAUACAAUAUACAUAUCUUUAUUGACAAAUAAAAAAGACACUAUAACAUUAUACAAUGAAUUUUUAGAAUCUGAUCUGGAGGAUGCUAAUUCUGAUUUAUAUUUCAUUAUACUUGCUUUAUUUUAUAAAUCUAACGAGGAUAAAAAUGUGUUUAUGAAACUAGAUAUUACACAAAGAAGUAAUGACCAAAUAAAAGACUUUUUAGAGAUUAUAACCAAUAAAGAUUUAAUUAUUGAGGCACAUAUGAGAAACAUUUUAUCACCAGAAAUACUUGAGCGUGCGAUUUUAGAGCAUAGCUUAAAAGGGAAAUUGUAUCCAUUUUUGGUAAAUAUAUUUUUAAUUAAUAUAAAAAAAUAUUUAAGCUACAAUAGCAAAAUAAUAAUUAAUAAGGAGAUAGAAAUAUAUAAAAUAUAUGGUGACUAUAAGGUAGUGGAAUUUUUUUUAGGAAUUAUUUAA